AUGGCCCCAACCUGCGGGGCUGUCGAGGAUUCCAGGCUGCGCAGACGACUAAGCAGCAGACCUGGAACCGUGGUGGCAAGAGCGGGAAUGCCGAGACCGCCACUCGAAACUGCUUACAUCAUGAGAGCAUUGACGAAGUAUGCUCCCAGACACGCUUCGUCAUUACGUGACUGGAAACACAUCUCCAACUUGACCUUAGCGGAUGACGAUCCGACUGGAUCAACUCCUAUUGACCUCAUUAUUGGAGCUGAUUUGUAUAGCAAGGUUCUUGUCAAUAUACGCAAUGGACCCAUAGGUCAACCAGACGCUAUACAAUCGCAUUUCGGGUGGAUUCUAUCUGGACCUACGUCAAUCCCUAAUCAUGUCAUACAAAACACCCAUGUAGUCGGCUCUACUUUGGUUUCAUCGCAUGUCGGAGCCCAACCUCAAGGCUCACCAUUACCCAGUUCACAACAAAGGUAUCAUGCAGUUGCUCACUGCUGCUCCUUGGAACGGCAAUUAUCUCAUAGAGUAGCCGAAAUUCAGACACGAUUACCAACCGGUAGUUGGCAUCACGUAAACACCAGUGAAAACCCCGCAGACUGUGCUUCGCGCGGAUUACUCGGCCGAGAUUUGAUAUCCAUCAACCUAUGGUGGCAUGGGCCGUCAUGGUUGCAUCUUCAUUCUGAUGAGUGGCCUCAUCAAAUUCUAUCAGAGCACCACGAAACUCAGUUGGAACUGAAGGCAUGUGAAGCUCAUCAAAACAGUACUCGUGAAGACUGGAGUCUUGCUGCACGGUAUUCAUGGUGGCCAAAAUUGAUACGCGUCACUGCAUAUAUAUACCGAUUCAUAAACAAAUGUCAACGGAAGCACGCGGCAGAUCACAAAGAUCACGUCCGGUCCCACGCCAUUACAGCAUUUGAGUACAUGCAGUCUCGUAACUUUUGGUUGCAUAUGAUUCAAGCAGAGGUGUUCAAGCAAGAACUUUACUUACUCAAGUCAAACAAGAGGUUAUCAAGAAACAGCGCUCUGAUAUCAUUAAAUCCAUUCCUAGACGCAAAUGGUCUACUCCGCGUUGGCGGAAGAUUGGAGCAUUCUCAUCUACCAUUUCAAUCCAAACAUCCAGUUCUACUAGCUGAUCAUCCAAUUACUACAAUGCUCAUUCGCUACACGCACAUAGCCUCGCUGCACGCCGGUCUUCAGUCUACCCUGUCUAAAAUUCGCCAAGAAUUUUGGAUUAUAAAAUCUAGGCCUUUAGUUAAAUCAGUUAUCUACAGGUGCGUUCGAUGCACGCGAGAAAGAGCUCAGGUAGCCAAUCAGUUAAUGGGUCAACUCCCAUCAACUCGAGUCUCAACGCCAACGAGGGCGUUUUUGCACAGCGGCAUCGAUUAUGCCGGUCCAGUGCUCAUUCGAGCCUCUGCUGGUCGAGGAAUCACCUCACGAAAGGCUUACAUAGCCGUUUUCAUAUGUUUGGCAACUCGAGCCAUUCAUCUCGAGUUGGUCAGCGAUUAUUCAACGCCAGCAUUUUUGAACGCAUUUCAACGAUUUUGCGCCAGACGAGGCUUGCCAGCAGUUAUGUAUUCGGAUAACGGUACAACAUUCACAGGAGCCGAUAAAGAGCUAUCCCGCGCGUAUCGGGAUGCUCAACGCAAUACGGAUUUUCUCAAUUUAAUCGCAACAGAUAGGAUCACUUGGAGUUUCAUCCCGCCUCAUGCUCCUCAUUUUGGAGGACUAUGGGAGGCAGGAGUGAAGAGUGUCAAACACCACCUUCGUCGAAUUGUAAGCUCACACGCAUUGACAUUUGAGGAGUUCACGACAGUGUUGUGCAAAAUUGAGGCUAUCCUCAACUCAAGGCCGCUUUCUCCACUCAAUGAUACUCCAGAUGACUACGAGUUCCUGACCCCAGGUCACCUUUUGAUUGGGACUGCCAUUACUACGAAUCCGGAACCUUCCGUUCUACAAUUGAACGAAAACAGAUUGUCGCGAUG